UAGAGAAUACUCGGCUUCGUUCGCCUUUUUCGAAGCACUAUGGGAUGCCGGCGUUCGUUACUGCUUCGUCAAUCUUGGCUCAGACCAUCCCGCCAUGAUGGAGGCGAUGGUGAAAGGGCAACAAGAAAGACGGGACAAAUUCCCCAAAUUUAUUACCUGUCCAAGUGAGAUGGUCGCACUUUCGAUUGCAGACGGCUAUGCUCGAGUGACUGGUGUGCCGCAAGCAGUCAUUGUCCACGUCGAUGUUGGCACUCAAGCACUGGGAUGUGCUGUCCACAAUGCCAGCGUUGGACGAACUCCGGUGCUCAUAUUUGCUGGCCUCUCGCCUUGCACUCAAGAAGGAGAGUAUCGUGGAAGUCGAACUGAAUUUAUCCACUGGCUCCAGGAUGUGCCGGAUCAGAAAGCGAUUGUUGGGCAGUACUGUCGAUAUUCAGCUGAGCUCAAGAAAGGCAGAAACGUCAAGCAGAUGGUCAAUCGAGCUUUGAGUUUUGCCACAAGUGAGCCGCAAGGCCCGGUAUACCUGCAAGGCACUCGAGAGGUCAUGGAAGAAGUAAUCGAACCAUAUGAGAUCAAGCAGAAGUUCUGGAAACCCGCUGAGCUCGGCGGGCUCAAUUCUGAACAGCUUGGUUUCGUUGUGACGACUCUGAUCGAUGCUGAGCAACCUUUGGUCGUUACUGGUUACAGCGGAAGAGAUGCUAAAACUGUUCCUCUGCUCGUCAAGCUUGCCGAUAUCUUUCCAGGUCUACGAGUCCUUGAUACAGGAGGCUCGAGCAUGUGCUUUCCAUCUGAUCACCCAGGUUGGCUCAGCGUACGUUAUGGUUCCCACGAAGCAAUUGGAACGGCGGAUGUGAUUCUGGUCCUCGAUUGCGAUGUGCCGUGGAUCAACACGCGAUGCAAGCCAUCAGAGACGGCCACAAUCAUCCACUUGGAUCUCGAUCCGCUCAAACAGCAAAUGCCGCUGUUUUAUAUCGACGCUGUCUUGCGUUGCCGUGUCAGUGUUGCAGCUGCUGUGCGACAAAUUGUUCAAGCAGUGGAAACAGACAAGGACAUCGCCCAGCGAAUCUCAGGCAAGCAGUACCAAUACCAGCAGCGAAGGUCAGAUCUGGAGAAAUCCCAUGCAGCUCUCCUCCAAAGCAUUGCCUCAGUGGCUGUGCCCAACUCAGAUGGGUCUUUCGGUGCUCCUUAUCUCCUCGCUGAGGUCCGCAAGCACUGUCCACCUGAGACGAUCUGGGCAGUGGAGGCUGUUACCAAUACUUUCCACGUCGCAGAUCAGAUACAACCUACCCGACCUGGAAGCUGGUUCAAUUGUGGCUCAGGAGGCCUCGGAUGGUCCGGAGGUGCAGCACUUGGAAUCAAGCUGGCCUCAGACGCGUUGCAAGGCGGUGCAGGAAAAGGCAGCUUUGUGUGCCAAAUAGUGGGAGAUGGCUGUUUCAUGUUCUCUAUGCCAUCGAGCGUUUACUGGAUCGCGCAAAGAUAUGGGAUACCCGUGCUGACGAUUUUACUGAACAAUGAUGGGUGGAAUGCUCCGCGGCAGAGUAUGCUCUUGGUCCAUCCGGAUGGCCUGGGGUCGAAGGUGGAUAAUCAAGAGCUGAACAUAUCGUUCUCGCCCAACCCGGACUAUUGUACAAUCGCCAAAGGAGGAUCGAGAGGGACAUGUUGGGCAGAGCAGGUUAGUACUGUCGAACAGUUGGCCGCCAAGCUACCAGAAGCUAUUGCCGCAGUACAAGGAGGCGUUUCUGCGUUGCUGGAUGCUCGAAUAGUUUCUCAGAAAUUGUGA